CUUCAAGAGGGGAUUCCCCAGAACCACUGUCUUCAUGGUGUUCUCUGGAAAGAGCUUCUUGGUUGAGACAUUUAAAAACACCGCGUUUCUUUUCUCUCUCUGACUGUCAUGGUCCCGACUCUCCCUGUAACCUUUCUAGAAAGGCUUUUCCCUCCACUGAGUCCCCUUUACUUCUCGCGAUUGCAUCUCGUCUCUUCCCCACGCACGUCCCUGGAGAGUCCGCUUGAAUCUUGGGCUUCCGUUAAAUCCUGUUCCUUCGACGGUGCCAGCUCUGGUCGCCAGAGGGCGCUGUCGGGGGCGGCCGGAACCAGUGCGGCCUCUCCUAUCCGGGGCCUUGCCUCGGCCCCUCCGCUCGUGCAGCCGGAAGUGGGAGGUGUAGCGCGCCGACCAGCGCUCGACCCCUCCCCCCCGAAGCCCGAUCGCCCCCUCCCCCUGCUCCACCCGCUCAGAGCAUGAUGGCUGCGCCUGAGGUGGCUGGUGUGGUGGACAAUGCCCCCAAUCCUCCAGAAUCCUCUUCUAGUGUUUGUGCUUCCAAAUCAGACGGAGGUCUCCUAGGUGCUCUAAGCCCCAAAGACCCUGCACAGAAGCACAAGAACUCACCUCUGUCAAGUGUAAGUAGCCAAACGAUAACCAAGGAGAAUAACAGAAAUGUCCAUUUGGAACAGCCAGAGCAGAAUCCUGGUUCGUCAGCAGGUGACACUUCAGCAGCGCACCAGGCGGUUUUAGGAGAAAACUUGGUAGCCACAGCCCUUUGUCUUUCUGGCAGUGGGUCUCAGUCUGAUUUGAAGGACAUGGCCGACACAGCAGGAGAGGAGGGGGACACAUGCCUCCAGGAGAGCCUCCACCCUGUCACUCAGUCUCUUAAGGCAGGGUGCCAUACAAAGCAACUUGCCUCCAGGAAUUGUUCUGAAGAGAAAUCCCCACAAGCCUCCGUCCUAAAGGAAGGUAGCAGGGACUCAGGCUUGGAUUUCCGACCUGUAGUACCUCCAGCAAAUGGGGUUGAAGGAGUCAGAGUGGAUCAGGAUGAUGAUCAGGAUAGCUCUUCCCUGAAGCUUUCUCAGAACAUUGCUGUACAGACUGACUUUAAGACUGCUGAUUCAGAGGUAAACACAGAUCAAGAUAUUGAAAAGAACCUGGAUAAAAUGAUGACCGAGAGAACCCUGUUGAAGGAACGGUACCAGGAGGUCCUGGAUAAGCAGAGGCAAGUGGAGAAUCAGCUCCAAGUACAAUUAAAGCAACUUCAGCAAAGGAGAGAAGAAGAAAUGAAGAAUCACCAGGAGAUAUUAAAGGCUAUCCAGGAUGUGACAAUAAAGCGAGAAGAGACAAAGAAGAAGAUAGAAAAAGAAAAGAAAGAGUUUUUGCAGAAGGAGCAGGAUCUGAAAGCUGAAAUUGAGAAACUUUGUGAGAAGGGCAGAAGAGAGGUAUGGGAAAUGGAACUGGAUAGACUCAAGAAUCAGGAUGGUGAAAUAAAUCAGAAUAUUAUGGAAGAGACAGAACGGGCCUGGAAGGCAGAGAUCUUAUCACUAGAGAGCCGGAAAGAGUUGCUGGUGUUAAAGCUAGAAGAAGCAGAGAAAGAGGCAGAACUGCACCUUACUUAUCUCAAGUCAACUCCCCCAACCCUAGAGACAGUUCGUUCUAAACAGGAGUGGGAGACAAGACUGAAUGGAGUUCGGAUGAUGAAAAAGAAUGUCCGGGACCAAUUUAAUAGUCAUAUCCAACUAGUGAGGAAUGGAGCCAAGCUGAGUAGUCUGCCUCAAAUCCCUACUCCCACUUUGCCUCCACCCCCAUCAGAAACAGACUUCAUGCUUCAGGUGUUCCAACCCAGUCCCUCUUUGGUUCCUCGGAUGCCCUUCUCCAUUGGGCAGGUCACAAUGCCCAUGGUCAUGCCCAGUGCAGAUCCCCGUUCCUUAUCUUUCCCAAUCCUGAACCCUGCCCUUUCCCAACCCAGCCAGCCUUCCCCACCCCUUCCUGGCUCCCAUGGGAGAAACAGCCCUGGCUUGGGUUCCCUUGUUGGCGCCCAUGGUCCACACAUGCCCCCUGCUGCCUCCAUCCCACCUCCCCCAGGCUUGGGUGGUGUUAAGGCUUCUACUGAAACUCCCCGGCCCCAACCAGUAGACAAACUGGAGAAGAUCCUGGAAAAGCUGCUGACCCGGUUCCCACAAUGCAAUAAGGCCCAGAUGACCAACAUCCUUCAGCAGAUCAAGACAGCGCGCACCACCAUGGCAGGCCUGACCAUGGAGGAGCUGAUCCAGCUGGUGGCUGCACGGUUGGCAGAGCAUGAACGGGCAGCAGCCAGCACCCAGCCACUUGGUCGGAUCCGGGCCUUGUUCCCUGCUCCGUUGACCCAAAUCAGUACCCCAAUGUUCUUGCCUUCUGCACAAGUUUCAUAUCCUGGAAGGUCUUCACAUGCUCCAGCCACCUGUAAGCUGUGUCUUAUGUGCCAGAAACUUGUCCAGCCCAGUGAGCUGCACCCAAUGGCAUGUACUCAUGUGUUGCAUAAGGAGUGUAUCAAAUUCUGGGCCCAGACCAACACAAAUGACACUUGUCCCUUUUGUCCAACUCUUAAAUGACGGACCUGAUUGGGGAGGAAGAAGAAGAGAAACUGAUGUGAACAGGAAACGCGGGUUCAAGAUUUCUAAAACUCUAUAUUUAUACAGUGACAUAUACUCAUACCAUGUACAUUUUUAUUAUAUAGGGUAAUGUGUGUAUAGAAAGUCUGUAUUCAAAUGUUCGUAAUGAAAGUAUGUAUAUUAUGCAGAAUGGUCUGUCCCCUUCACCAUGCAUUCCCUUUGGGGGAUGCAGAGUGUAGCUAAGAUGAUGUUUAGUUUGACCUUGAAAUUAUGAUAUUGCUGCCUAAAUCUGUUUCCAAAUACAAUAUAAAAACCAUUAGGAAGCUAU